AUGCUGAGAUUCUUUUUAACUCCAGCACUAUUCUUCGUUGCUACAGUAUCGCCUACAAUGAUUUACAUUGUAGUAAAUGCCAAGCAUAUCGAAAGACAUUUAAGAUUUGGCUAUGCAGUGAACAUGUUUAACACUAUUUGUUACAUAGUUACUUUUACUAUGCUUCAACCCAGUUUCUUACUACCCUCACCUUUUGUCUUGUUCAGAGGCUCACUUCAGAAUCGGUUUAGUGCGGUAAGGUGGUAUGGUUACUGUGUGGUUGAUACAAAAAAUGGGAUUUUAAAUUUAAUUUUUGUUUCAUAAUGGCUCAUUCUUUUAAGAUUUUUUGAUUUUUUAGGCUUAUUCUAGGGUUUUAGGAAGUGUUGUCGCUUUUUAACCUUUUUUUGCCCAUUUAAAAGCGACAAGACUUUUUUAAACAUAUUAAUAGAUAUCUAAAAUUUAAAAAAUAUGCUUUUAGAAGAUUUAAAAUGAGAUUUUUUAAUUUUUUAAGCCGCAGGGUAAGUUUUUAUAAGGCGGGGUAGAAUAGAGUAAGGCAUGAAAGGAUAGGGCGGGAUAAGGUAGAGCAGGGCAAAGUAGGGUGAAGCAGAACCGCAUAAUGCAGGGUUAGGUAAGUUAGGGUAGGAUAAGGUAGGGUCGGGUAGGGUAGGAUAGGAUAGGAUAGGAUAGGAUAGGCUAGGGUAGGGUAGGAUAGGGUAGGGUAGGAUAGGGUAGGGUAGGAUAAGGUAGGGUAGGGUAAAAAUUUUUUUAUUUUAAGUUUAAACAUUUAGUUUCAGGUAAGCCUAACAAUAGCCUGGGCAAACCUCUGUUCCGGAAUCGUGGCUACAGUAUUAAUGCGACUGUUGAGCAAUUUCAAAUUCAGCAAGCUGGCCAGAAUUAUUAUUGGAACUUUGCCGUACGCGUUCCUACAUCUGAGUGCUAUAUUACCUGCUUUGAUGUAUGUGUUUAUGACAACCGAUCGGAUCGAAAACAAACUCACUCCAGCUGAUUUGGAAAUGUUCAGAGAACAACAAUGGCUUCUACAUUCUGGCGGACUUUACUGUAUGUUUUUGAGGGUUAUCCUACCUUACCUUACUUUAUUCUACCCUACCCUACCCUAUUCUACCCUACCCUACCCUCUACCUUACCUACUUUUCUCUACUCUACCCCGGUUUUACCUUACCUCAACUGUAAUAUACACCUGUUUCAAUCUAUUCCAGCUUCACCCACCUCGCCCUUACCUUACUCUAUCUUAUCUCAGCUAGACAAUGCUUGAACCUUACCCUGCUUCAGCCUUACUUUACCCAGUCUAAUCGUACCCUACUCUAAUUUACUUCUUACUACUUUACUCUACCCUGCUUUGCCUCAUCUUACUAUACUUUACUAUACACUAAGCUGCGUUUAUGUGUUGUAAGCAAAGAUAUGGCAAGUGACUAGCCUUUGUGACAUUAAAUCCAUUUUCAGACUUCCCAGAGACCGAAUACACCAAGAUCUUCUGGAUGCUGCAAACCUUUUCCUGUGUCAUAGUCAUCUUCCUCUUCACCAUCCUCACCAUCUUUGAGUACUGUAGACGUCACAAGUACUCCGGCUUCUACAUCUUAAACGUCAUUUUAUUCUUUAUCUCUCCAUGGUCUGUGAUAUCAUGUGCAAUGUACUUUCGACUACAGUCCGGCAUGGCAAUGGUUCAAGUGGCAUGGAUGGUGACAUUCCUGUAUCCAAUAAUGGAAGCUGCGGCUAUAGCACAGCUGAUACGGUGGAGAUAUGCGACUAGACAUUUCAUGCCGAAAAUCGAUUUCAGUGGAAGGCUGGGACGAUGGAGAGUGGGCGAGGUGGAUCGACCGACCAGUCGGGACACUGUUUGA